UAUGCUUUUAUGGUAAUCAUCAUUGCGUGACCACGGCGGGAGCCUGUUCGCAGGCAAGUCCUUGACCAACUGCACAAUUUAGAAGAUGGCAGACUUCAGAGACCUUGUUACACUGGAUGACCUAGAAAAAUAUGCUGCUACACAUUUGGACAAGAACGCCUCUGAUUAUUAUUCAACGGGAUCUGGCGACGAUGUUUCACUGCACGAAAACCGACAGGCUUUUAAGAGGCUUAAACUACGACCACGAAUGCUACGGAACGUUGCCGAACAAGACAUUUCUGUCACAGUCCUGGGUCAGAAGCUAAGCAUGCCAAUCUGUGUCUCACCCACUGCGUUCCAGGCAAUGGCGCAUCCAGACGGAGAGCUGGCCACAGUCAGAGCGGUGAAUUCCAUGGAUACAGCUAUGGGUCUGAGUAUAUACUCUACAUACAGUCUGGAGGAUGUCGCGCGGGAGUCCCCGAACACUAUCAAGUUUAUGCAGAUGCAGUUUUACACAGAUCGCCAGCUGAUGGUGGAGGUGUUAAAGAGAGCUGAAAAAGCAGGCUUCAAAGCUGUUUUACUUACAGUUGACAUUCCAGUCUAUGGCCAACAUAGAAAGAGAGCGAAUUUCUUUCUUCCCGAGCACUUGAAGUUUGCGAAUUUCCUGUCUUUGAAAAAGAAGAAAGGACUUCGAAAUAACAGAGAGCUGAAUAAAUAUAUAAGUGAUACCGCCGAUAGCAGCGUUGAUUGGGAGACGUUUGAUUGGCUUCGUUCCACCACGUCACUUCCGUUUGUCGUCAAGGGAAUAUUGACGGCAGAGGAUGCUCACCUCGCUGUACAACAUGGGGCCCAAGGGAUCAUGGUGUCUAAUCAUGGAGGGCGGCAGUUAGAUUGUGUCCCGGCCACUAUUGAAGCGUUACCCGAGAUAGUGGAGGCGGUCCGAGGAACUGGAGUCGAAGUGUAUAUGGACGGUGGCGUGAGACUGGGAACUGAUGCUCUUAAGGCCCUUGCUCUGAGAGCUCGGGCAGUGUUUGUUGGACGGCCAGUCAUCUGGGGACUUACUUACAAGGGAGAGCAAGGAGUUUUUGAAGUUCUUCAGAUGCUCAGGGAUGAGCUGAAAGUAGCCAUGGCUUUAUCAGGAUGUGCGUCUCUCAAGGACAUUACCCCCUCGCUUGUGACAAGACAUACAGCCAGUCAUCUCUGAGUGCCGGUCAUUCCACCACAUCAAGUUUUUAGCAACCAUCUCUUUUACUGCAAAAGAUUGAGGAUUUUGUGCCUGGAUGCCAAGUUCCAUUACACUUUGUUAACAACGAAAUCUGGAGCACUUCAGCUUGAUUUCGAAUUGGUUUUUACCAAAAAGUAAUUUUAGAUAGUUUAUUUCCGUUCAUAUAUAUGGCCUAAAAUUUCCGCUUCGCCUAAAGUGCGGCGAAGAAAAUAAAGGACGUCCAAGUUUUUCUUUUUCAUAUUUCCACAUUAUGCACUUCACUGUGGAUUCAAUCAAGCAAAAUAAAGAAUUUUAUGUUUUUCUCAGUUAGUGAGCGGGCGAAAUUCAACAAAUCCUGCAAUCUGAUUGGUUCCGGGAGCGGGCGGAAUUUUCCCAUCCAGCCCGCCAGACCUUUACAGAAAUAUCCAGAUAUUUGGGGGGAUAUUUAGAAGUUUCCGAGAUAUUUAGAAAAUAUUAAGAUCUUUAGAAAUUUUAGGGAUAUUUAGAAAUGUU